AUACGCGAGGAAACUGUUCCCGUCCUCCUCCUUCUCCUUCUCUUCCUCCUCCUUCGCAGAAAAAGAAAAAAAAACACAGAAAAGAAAAACACAAAAACGCAUGGAUGUGCUUGUUGCAGGAGGGGAGUGAACCUCCUCCCGGUGUUUUCAUAUUCAAACAGGCAGCGGUGUGAGGUUGCCAGUUUGGAGCUUGUUUUCCUCUUCAAAUUGGAGCCUUCAGGCUGUGACGGGGCUGAUUCGCUCGCUUUUCGCUCUCUCAGCGGAGCCGCCGCUGCCACAACCGCACGGAAAUAACGGGACUUUCACUGGCAGCCCGGGCUGGACUUGAAGUGGAUCAUUAAAGAAUGGAUGACACAUCAGUCACUCACCUCACAGAGUCAACAUGUGAACAGUCAGUAAAAGUGGCUGAAUCUGAUUAACCGGGAGCCGUCAAGCUGAAAGAACAAGGCAGUGGAUCCUUUGGUUUUUGUGAAUCUGUGAAGAAACCGCAUGGAUGGAUUUUAUUAAGGAUGUUCAUUUAAGCAAGGACUGUGUUUUCUGAAAGGACUGUAGAUUUAUCAUGAUGCUAUUUUUGUCCAUUGCGCUCCCAAAGUUCCCAGCCAACUGAUUUUGACUGUGACAGCAUGUCUCUACUCAAGCGGAAGAAAAUGAGGACUUUUGCUCUGCUGUUUUGCAUCAUUACAUUUACAACCUUCCUGUUCAGUUACACUUUCCGGGACCCGUCGCUCUACUUCUUCAAGUACGCGUUUCACCUUUCGGACAAUUUUUUCUCCAAAGGGCUGUGCGCCUGUCAGCAGUGCAUGACGGAGCUGGAGGACGACCCCUGGUUCACUGAGCACUUCAAUCAGUCCGUCCACCCUCUGAUGACCAGAGAGAACAGCGUCCUCUCUGAUGAGACCUUUAAAUGGUGGCAGUGGUUGCAGUCAGAGAGGCAGCCGGCCAACUUCAGUGAAGUGGUGGAGGAGCUGUUCCAAGUCAUCCCUGAUGAGGUGCUCUACAUGGACGCCAGCCGCGAGCGCUGCAGGACCUGCUCCGUGGUGGGGAACUCUGGGAACCUGAAGGGCUCUCAGUACGGCGGCCUCAUCGACUCCAGUGAUUUCAUCAUAAGAAUGAACCAGGCUCCCACCAGUGGCUUUGAGGAGGAUGUGGGUACCCGAACAACUCAUCACGUCAUGUAUCCAGAGAGUGCCAUAGACCUGGACAACAACACCAGUCUGGUCCUGAUCCCUUUCAAGACUCUGGAUCUGCAAUGGAUCAUUAGUGCUCUCACCACGGGAACCAUUAAACACACAUACAUACCUGUCAUGUCCAGGAUAACGGCAAACAAAGAUAAGGUAUUAAUUUACAGUCCCACAUUUUUCAAGUACGUCUACGAGUCUUGGCUCGAGGGUCACGGACGAUAUCCUUCAACCGGCUUCCUCAGCUUACUGUUUGCUAUCCACAUAUGUGAUGAGGUCAGUGUGUUUGGAUUCGGGGCCGACCAGUAUGGGAACUGGCACCAUUACUGGGAGGAGAACCAUUUGGCCGGAGCUUUCCGACACACGGGCGUCCAUGAUGGAGAUUACGAAUAUAAUGUCACCCUGCUGCUGGCAGACAAGCACAAAAUCCGAAUGUUUAAAGGCAGAUGAUACCAAGCCACCAACUGAACCUCAGCAGCCUUUCAGUGAUUAUUUUUACUUCACCCCACGCCAGAAGAACAAUUUGUCAUGAUUUCCUUAGACAUUUUCCCAUGAACUCUUGCAGUCUGUCCAGCUUUCUGUUUGUCACUGAAGCUACUGUUUGAGAAAUGUCACUCCCAUUGACAAAGCAACUGUUCUUCUCUUUGUAUCCCAGACACAGACCAUGACAGACUGUCGAGACGAGACAAAAGCAACACUGCCAUUUGUUUCAGAAUCUGUAAUCCCAACUCAAAUGUGGGACAGGGAGUGAACAGACAAGAAGACAAGAGACACUGUCUUGUCAGCAAGCAUGCUAUACAUAAAGGCUUUAGUAUUAUCAUAGAGUAUGUGUACACACUUUAUUUUAUUUUCACUGGCAACCAUUGUGGCCACCUGAAGCUUUGUAUGUUAAUGGUCCCACACACUGACACAAAAUAAGCUGUGCUGACAGCAGUAGUCAGACAAAGUGCCAUAAUCACAGUGCUGAUGUACAGACAUAGAGAGGGGGAUUUUGUACAAAAUUCAUCAUUGUCAUUUAUGAAUAGCCACUCAGAAAUAUAAAAUGUGUAGGCUAUGUUGGAAGCUUUUUUUUUUUCAGUACAAAAGGACAGGCGACAAACUUACUGUUAUAAGCUUCACAACAAAACGCACCACUGACUAUGUUGUAUAUAUCACUUCAGUAUCAUUUUCCACCAUAUGGCAGUGAAGGUUGUUUCCAUUAUAAUAAUGGCAGGUAUGAGGAAAAUCAGUUCUCUUUUUCAUCACUCAGACUGAUUCUGAAUCUCAUAAACUACCUGCACGACAGAGCUACUUGCGUCUUGCUUGUCUGAUUGCAGCUGUAAAACACAGCUGGACAAGGCCCAGGGACAUUAAAAUCAGGCCUAAAAUAAGCACCAAAGAACAUACACUCGCCGAGCACUCAUAUUAGGAACACCAUACUUAUACUGGGUAGAGCUUCCCUUUGUUCUCAAAACAGCCUCAGUUCUUUCUGGCAUGGAGUCCACAAGAUGUUGGAAACCUUCCUCUGAGAUUCUGCUCCAUGUCCACAUCAUUUCAUCACAUCAUUUCAUCACAUUCAAACUGCCAGUUUUCUUUUCCUGAUCGUUCCAAAGGUGUUCUUCUGGAUUCAGAUGUGGAGACUGGUGAGGCCAUUGAAGUUUACUGAACUCUGUCAUGCCCAUGAAGCUAGUUUGAAAACUACCAUUAAAAGAUGGUAAAUUGUGGCCAAAAAAAAGGGAACAUGGUCAGCAACAAUACUCAGAAAGGCUGUGCCAUGAUUGAUCAAUCAAAAUGAUUGAUGCUUUUCUGCUCAACCACAGUUAUUAAGAGUAGUUUUCUGAGUGGCCAUAGUCUUUUUGUCAGCUGCAACCAGUCCUGCUGUUCUCCUCUGACCUCCGUCGUCAACAAGGCGUUUCCAUUCACAGAACAGCUCCCCAUUGAAUGCUUUUUGUUUCUGGCUCCAGUCUUCAGCAGUUACAGAAAUACUGCAGAAGAGGAAGAAGAAGAAGAAGAAGAAGAUUGCCUGAACCAGCCUGUCUGGCACCAAUCAACAAUCAUGCCACAGUCACUGAGAUCAGAUUUUUCUUCAUCCUGAUGUUUGAUGUGAGCAUUAACCAAAUUUUCUCACCUGUAUCUGCAUGAUUUUGUGCACUACCCUGCUGCCACGAUUGGUGGAUAAUUUUAUGAAUAAGCAGGUGCACAGGUGUUCCUGAGAAAGUGUUUAGUGAGUGUAUUUUACAACGUUACAUUUACAGAUUACCCACAAUGCCGUAGGCAGGGUUUUAGAAAUACUGAGGUUAUGAAUCACCCCAACACACCAACAACUUCCAUUUGGAAAACCUUCACCACAUGAGUAAGUGUUUAACAUCACUCUGAUUUAUCAUAUUCACAAGCUGUGACAGCAUGGCUGGUUUUGUUUCUACCUUGUGAGUCAGUGAGUGUUAUCAUGGCAACAUGUGGACCUGGAAACACCUACUGUGGCUGGAACUACCUCAGAGGCAGUUUUGAGUACUUUGGCAGGUGUUUCUAUGUCUGUCUGUCUGUCUGUCUGUCUGUCUGUGGACAGAUUUUGUCAACACGGAGGCAUCACAACUCCUGUAAUAAUAUAAUGAUGACAACAGAGUUCUCAUGGGUCAGAAUGUUGACGGGCAUCGCAGCUGGUGUGAUCCCAUUACAAGUUUAUUUAUUCAUCAAUUUGUUCAAUUGUAUCUUCUUUAAAUUGUGUCUAUCAACAUGAAAUGGUGUUUCAAAGCCAUCUCACACUUCCAGAAAGGAAAUUAUCGUGGCGAUAUACUGAAACCCUUGUUUAUUAGUUUCUUGACCUAAAAGUUGUAAAAUUUAAAUUGAUGUUAAACUGAUAUGACAAUUAAUUUGUCCUUAGUGCUAAUUAGCAAACGAUUGCUUGUUAACAUGCUAAACUAAGAUGGUGAAAACAGUAAAAAGUAUACCGGCCAUCUUCACCAUAUGAACACUGUCACUGUGAACAUGUUAACAUGCUGACAUUAGCAUUUAGCUCAGAGCACUGGCAUGGACAUGACCACAGUGCCCUCAAAGGCAGUUUCUUCCCUGAUCUGAUUAACCAUGACCUGUUUGCUUCAGAGUGAGCUAUCAGCACAGUGUAACAAAGUACAGCUAAGGCUGUGUCAGUGUCAGUAUUAACUGUUCAAGGCAUCUAAAAGUGAAUAUGAUUUUUUUCCCCCUUUAACUGCAUGUCUCAUUACAAAGUGAGGAAACAGUGGUGAAAAGAACUUGGGGUUGAUUUUUUGAGUGUCCUUAAAGGAGACGUGCAAUGAAGUGUGGAUUGGGAGUAAAGCUAUAGUGAAGCAAUUAUUAUACAUACCCAUGUAUACAUAUUAUAUGUGAAGCAUAUUAUACAGCCUACACAGGGGUGCCUUAUCAUUAAAGUCAAUGGCAUACUGGAUAUUUGUAAUGUACACGGUGACAUAUUUUUAAUGAAAAGUAGGUGUUAAGUGCCUUUAAUGGAAGUUUUUGUAAGACUUAAGUUUACCAUCAAUUGUACUAUUGUAAUUAUCUUUGUUAUUUCUAGACUUAUUGGUAAAAUUUAUGUUAUUGUUGUGUAAACAGUGUAAAUUUUAAAGAAUCUCAUGCAUGAUACAUACAAUGGAGCCAUUUCAGAGAUUCUCAGAGAAAAAUUUGGGUACGUGUGAGGUGGGUAUGACAACAUCUCGGGUUUUGAAACACAGCCACAGUGGCUUCGGAAAGCUAGAGCCACAGACUUUGUGUUGUGAAUUUAAUUUUAAAUUGAUAAAACUGCCACUUUCAAAAACCAAAAAGCCUCAUUUACAAAAGUAUUCAGCCCCUUUGCUAUGGUCCUCCUGUUUAGUUUGCUUUUACUUUUUUAAGUCUAGAACUUGAUUGAAGUCUACCUUGGACAUAGUUUAGAAAAGGACACACAAUUUACAGUUUGUCGGAUGACAUUUAAAGGACUCAGAGAGCAUGAGGAAAAAGAUUUUCUGGUCUGAUGAGACAAAAUUGAACUCUGUAACAAUAACUCCAAACUCUUGUUUUUGACCAGCACUGGACAGUGCUCAUCACCUGGCUAACACCACCCCUGGGGUGAAGCACAGUGGUGUCAACAUCACAACAGCAGAGACUGGUCAGAAUUGAGGGAAGGGUGAAUGCAACCAGAUAUAGAGACCUGCUCCAGACUGCAUGUGAAACUAGGGCAACGAGUCACCCUUCAGCAUGACAAUGACCAAAGCAUACAUCCAAGAAAAUGCUGGAGAGGCUUCGGGACAAGUCUCUGACUGUCCUUGAGUGGCCCAGUCAAAGCCCAGACCCAGACAAACCCCACAGAACGUGUGAAGAUAUCUGAGGAUGACAGCUCACAGAUGCCUCCCAUCCAAUCUGACCAAGCUUGAGAGGAUCUGCCUAGAAGAAUGAGAUAAAUUGUCCAAAGCCAAACUUGCAGAGACUUACCAAAGAAGAUGCUAUAGAAGAAGAAGAAGAAGAAUCUAUAAUUGCUGCCAAAGGGGGUUCCACGAAGUACUGAAUCGAGUGUGUCAAUGCUUUUGUAAAUGAGAGAUUACAGUUUUUUAAAACAUUUGCAAGAAAUUCUAAAAACAUGUUUUCACUUUGUCAUUGUGAGUUAUUGAGUGUAUGGCAGUUUUAUCCAUUUACAAUUGAAUGGGUCUAAAUACUUUCUGAAGCCUUUGUCUGUUUAGUCCAGGCUUGAAAUUAUUAGUUGCACUUGCUGAACUUGUAGAUGUGUUAAUUCUGAAUGUUUCAUAGCUUCAAGAAACACGCAAGCACUUGUCCUGCCCUCAGAUUAUCAUCUUUACCAACAAAUCUCUGAUCUGAAAUGUUGCAUCAUUUCAGAUUCGUCAGGAGCUGAGCGUGGCGGUGCUUUUCUAAUAGGCUAUGAUUUGCUCCAUGUGCCUUGGUACAUAAUGGGAUAUUUGCCUGGUCAGUGUCCUCAUGAUCUGUGUCCUCUCCAUGUGAGAGCAGACCGAUAAGAAAGAAAACCACAAUAUUUGCUCUAUUCAAAUAUGUCAACCACCUUGUAUGUAUAACAUUUGACACAAAAGAUGACAGUGAUGAACAUUUGUUCUGCAGGGGACACUGUCACCUAGUGGACAAGAACAUAAAUCAACAUGUACAUCACUUGAUUUGUCCUUUACAAGACUGAUGUGAUGACUUAGUACUAACUCUUUAAAAACUGUAUUCAUUGUUUAAUAAGCAUAAUUACAAAGCCUGUUGCACACCUGUAUUUCAUCUGCUUUUCCAGCCAGCUGAGAUCUAAGGUCUUAAUUGUUGAGUAGUUAUAUUAAAACCAUUAAAGCAGCACCUUCAGAAAACUCA